UUUCGCAUUGGUUUCGCAGAGCGCCCGGUUUCAGAGGCGCGCUUUGAGAGCGUCUUAAAAGCCUGCGUUUGCACGCCAACUCAUAUAUAGAGAAAUUUUGGCUAGACUUAAACUGCUUCUAGUGCACUCAAAUCGCCGUUAUGACAUGCACGGCGGCUGUCACUCUAGCGUGGAGGCGAAAGAAGAGGAAGUCCGUGCGCGCUGCGUUUCGCCGUUUUGCUCAGUAUCCCGGAGUGAGUACGUGCCGAUAUAUCACGAGGAUCUUCAUCUACGUCUGCGCCGUUACGCCAUUUUGCUGCUUCGCGAUCGAGAGCUCUCCUUUCAAAAGGACAAGUUUGCUCAGGCCUGGCUGCUGACCAAGUGUGCCCUAGGUAAUCUAGAUGCAGCUGAACCCCGACCAUGACUGAAGGUAAAGACACCGUACCAUCAGGAGCACCAGAAGAGCACGCUGCCCUUCCUGAGGCAGAGACGAAGCAGGUCAUUCGAUACUUGCCUUUAGCAGCGGUCAUCGGAGUGGUAGUCUUGGUGGCUGGCCUUGCCUUGUUGCUGUUGUCCACCCGUCAACCCCCAAUGAGGCUGCAGACAGUUGUCCCCACUAGCAGACACACCCACACCACUACCAGAAAGUUUUCCGCAAAAACUCCCCACGCCAAGCCUGCAUACAAGGUCAUUGCGCCUGCAAGUGUCCUGGCGAAAGUGAGCAGGCCCUACUUGCGUCGUACGCUCAGGUUUCUCUCUGGAAAGCCCCACCUGACCGGUACAAAGUACAGCGAAGAAAACAUUGUCGACUUCAUCGUCGGUCAGUUCCGCAAGCAUGGACUGGACACGGCUGAGAAAGUGCCCUACCGCGUUCUGCACCAGUAUCCCGACCUAAAGAAUCCAAACAAGGUGCAGUUGGUGGACGCAGAGGGAAAAGUGCUUGAUGAGGCAAAGUUCCAAGAAGACCCUGUUCCAGGUGACCACACCCACACCGUGGUGCCUGGCUACCUUGCGUAUGCACAUCCGGGCACAGUUGAGGCAGAUGUAGUGUACGUUGGCUCUGGCACAUACAAAGAUUUGGACCUGCUGGAAGCCAACAAUAUACCCGUUAAAGGUCGCAUCUGCCUGGCACGAUACGGUGGUGGGCAUCGUGGUGGAAAGAUCACCGUGUGCCAAGAACGUGGCGGCGUUGGAACCAUUCUCUUUCUGGAUCCCUCCUUACCGAGCACGACAAAUUUCUACCCAAACUCGACUGUUGUGGACGGUUCGGCGCUGCAGCGAGGGGCCCUGUUCACAUUCGCUGACCCCGAGACGCCUGGCUACCCGUCAGUUGAUGGAGUUUAUCGUGACACCAAUAGCAGUGAACUGCCCCGGAUCCCGGCCCUCACAGUCAGCUACAACUUUGCUAAGAAACUGCUGGACCAGAUGGAUGGCAAAGUUCUCAAACUCAGUGGUGGUGCUCGGCGAACUGGACCCAUCAAAGGUGGCAGGAAACUGCGGAUGGUCGUGAACAACAAGUGGGCGAGGCCCAUCGUCUACGAUAUCAUCGGCACCAUCAGAGGCCGCUUGGAACCUGAUCGGUACAGCAUCACGGGUACCCAUCACGACGCCUGGGGAUUUGGCACCAUUGACCCGUCGUCGUCGACCGCCAACAUCCUCGAGCUCAGUCGGAUUAUGGGUAAACAGCUGAAGCAUGGCUGGCGGCCACGGCGCACGGUGGUGCUGGCGAUCUGGGCCGCGGAAGAGAUUGCCAUCGUGGGAUCUGGCGAGUGGGUCGAGGAGAAGCUGCUCCUUCUCAACCGUGGAGCUGUGGGCUACACCAACGUAGACAACUGUGUCUCUGGGAUCAUGUUCUUCGCCUACGCCUCGCCUGUGCUGAGAAGCUUCCUCGUGGAAACAACCAAACAUGUCCCAUUCAACGGUACCCAAACGUUGCACGACUACUGGUACGACUACGAGCAUAGCAUCUCGAAAACAACCAAACCCCAGGUGUACCUGACCCACGGAGGGAUGGACAACUCUGCCUUCAACUUCGUUGCUGGUGUUCCUUCAGCUAUCUUCACCUUCCGACCCGACAAGAAAGUGUUCAAACUGGGCUCCUAUUCGUCCUACCACACUGCCUUCGAGACAAUUCGCCUGUUUGAGACCUGGAUCGAUCCAACCUACCACUUUAUGGAGACGUGCACUCGAUUCAAUGGGAUGCUGACGCUGACGCUGGCCGAGGCAGAGUUACUGCCCUACGACUUCCGCACCGUCGCCGAGGAGAUGCAGAGUGGCAUCUCCAAGCUGUCCAAGUUCCGCAAGCAGCUCGAUGCUUACGGGGUGCCCCUCGACUGGCUGAUCGAGGAGAGCUCUCUGUACAGCAAGGCCGCUCUGCAGUGGCACAACUGGCUGGAAAAAGCGAAACUAGGGGAGGACGACCGCCGGCGGGUCAACGACCGCAUGAUGCUGGUGGAGCGUGCCCUGCUGAGCCAGGCGCCCCUGAAGGGCCGGCCGACAUUCCGGCACCUGAUCUUCUCGCCCCAGCUGGCCAAUGGGUACGCGGGCACGGGCUUUCCCGUGGUCCACGACCUUGCUUACCGAGCCGGGCGCCUGCCUGUCGCGGAGCAGGAGCCAAUCUGGGGCCGCGUGCGGGCCUACAUCAACAGGGCCUGCAUCGCCGUGCGAACUGCCCGCAUCCUGCUCAACCCCGACAUGGCAAUACCCACCUGAGCUCAUUUGAACAAUACUCAUUUGAAUUAAACGUAAACAAA